AAGCCAAUGAAAAUGUCGGUUGGCAAUGUCUGAAAGCGGUGAGUUGUGAGUCUGCCAGGGCUCUUUUCAACGGACAGAUGCGUGUCAAAUGUGCCUCAGUGUCUCCUAGACCUCUGUUGUUUAACAAAUAUCCCCCACAGUUAAACAAUACCGCCAAGUCGUGAUAAAUUCCUGUUCAAUACAAAGUGAGCCUUCCAAAAGUGGCCGAAACUCCCCUCAAAAAGCUCAAAACCCACACCUCCAUUGGAGAAUUCACUCUGUUUUUUGUCAAAUGGUAAGUAGUUAUUCGGGAACUCGUUGUGUUGGGUGAAAUGCUGGAUCGACUUCCUGUUCAUGGCGAUACCUCGAAGCUCCGUAAGCGUCGUCCCUCGCACCGAGCGAGCACCAACCAAUAGUCCACAAGAAUAAAUAAAUAAAAAAAAACAAUACAACAAAGAGAUAACAAGAACGCCGAAACCACAUGAAUAUUACCAAAUCAUUCCCUGAAUCAUUCGACAGUGAAGUGGUGAAUACGUGCAUGUGCCAGUGAAAAAUAAUCAGUGAUCUACACCUGGAAUAUUAAAUAAAUGAACGCUCCUGGCUGAAUAAAAUAUCCUCGAUAAAUAGUUAAAUCCUUUGGGACGUCUUUGGCCCGCGCGCAGGCCAUCGAGGGUACAAAGACCCCCCAGAGAGCUUUACUGCUCGAGAAAUGAUCAACAUGGAGACAGACAAGAUCAUUGAUGACACAAAUACCAACCUGCAGUACCCAAUGACGAUACUCUAUGACACGGGGGUUCGGAAGAAAGAGGCAACAUCACAGGCACUUGCACUUACAACUCAGUACACACAGGAGCGGGAAAUGUGUAUGAAGUACUUCGAGAGAUGGAGCGAACCCGAGCAAGUGCAUUUCGUCGAGCAACUCCUCGCCAAGAUGUGUCAUUAUCAGCAUGGACACAUUAACACCUUCCUCAAGCCUAUGCUUCAGAGGGACUUCAUCUCUUUGCUACCCAAAAAAGGUUUGGAUCACGCAGCCGAGAGUAUUCUCUCGUACUUGGAUGCCGAAUCGUUAUACUCAGCCGAGCUCGUCUGCAAAGAAUGGUACAGAGUUAUAAGUGAGGGAAUGCUGUGGAAAAAAUUGAUCGAGCGUAAAGUGCGAACGGAUUCAGUUUGGCGGGGUCUCGCUGAGAGAAGAGGAUGGAUACAGUAUCUCUUCAAGCCACGUCCAGGGGAGAAUCAUCCGAAUCACACCUUCUACAGAAAUCUCUUUCCCACAAUAAUGAAGGACAUCGACAGUAUCGAUAACAAUUGGCGAAUGGGUAAUCACAAGCUGCAGAAAAUCAACUGUCGUAGUGAAAAUUCAAAGGGUGUCUACUGCCUCCAAUACGACGAUCAGAAGAUCGUGUCUGGGUUGAGGGACAAUACCAUCAAAAUAUGGGACAGAAAUUCAUUGCAGUGUAUCAAGGUGUUAACGGGCCACACUGGCUCGGUACUCUGUCUACAGUACGACGAUAAGGUCAUUAUAUCUGGAUCGUCGGAUAGUACUGUUAGAGUCUGGGAUGCCAAUACUGGGGAAAUGGUUAACACACUGAUUCACCAUUGUGAAGCAGUACUGCAUCUCAGAUUUAACAAUGGGAUGAUGGUUACGUGUUCCAAGGAUCGUUCAAUAGCCGUUUGGGAUAUGACCUCACAAACCGAAAUUGCCCUCCGUCGUGUUCUAGUUGGCCAUCGUGCUGCUGUUAAUGUCGUUGAUUUCGAUGAAAAAUACAUCGUAUCAGCGAGUGGUGAUAGAACAAUUAAAGUAUGGAACACCUCGAGCUGUGAAUUCGUCCGAACUCUAAAUGGACAUAAACGUGGUAUUGCGUGUUUACAAUACAGAGAUCGUUUGGUGGUUAGUGGUAGCAGCGAUAAUACAAUAAGACUGUGGGACGUUGAGUGCGGUGCGUGUUUACGGGUACUCGAGGGACACGAGGAGCUUGUACGGUGUAUCAGAUUCGAUAGGAAGCACAUUGUUAGCGGGGCUUACGAUGGGAAAAUUAAGGUGUGGGACUUGGUGGCAGCACUGGAUCCUCGAGCACUUGCCAGUACUCUCUGCCUGCGAACACUGGUGGAGCACACUGGACGGGUCUUCCGCUUGCAGUUCGACGAGUUUCAGAUUGUCUCUUCGUCUCACGACGACACGAUACUCAUAUGGGAUUUCCUCAACUGCAACGACUCCAAGGGAACUGAGGGAAAUUCACAGGUUGUACCCACGACAGUUCCCAGCCAAGUCGACACCAGAUCUCCUUCUCCGUUCGAGUGACGUAUCAAAAUAAAAAUUCCUCUAUUGUGAUACACCUAUAAAUGGUUAGUGCGUGAAUUCAAUGUGUUCACGGAUGCGUAUGAAAGGAUUGUAACAAUACGAGUUGUAAGUGUGCACUGGAAGCGUCUCAGCAAGAAGAUAGAAUUCAUCACAACCAAAUUGCUCCAGAGCUGUUGGAAGAGAAGUAGAAGAGCUAAAAACCUACAUCACCAAAAGAUUAAUGAAAAAAAGUGUAACAAAUAAGGCAAAAAAAGAGAUAAAAGGCAAAAAGUGGGUAUUCACGCAUCCUAUGGAUGCACGACAAUUUGAGUUGUCUUAAUUAAAAAGGAUUCACUUACUUAUUUUUGGAAAAUUCUUCUGCGCUCUAUGACACGUGAGAAGUUGACCGACCAUUUUCCUACAGCUGCUGUUGAAGGGUGAAUGAGAAAAUUGAAACUGAUAAAACGACGAGAAUCAUAGAAGACUUGAGAACAGUGACGCCACAGAAUUGUAAUAACAUAAAUGGACUAGAUAUUUCAAGGGAAUAAUUGAAUAGAAAAUAAGAAAAAAAAAUUAUUGAUGAUGAAUUUUGAGAUGAGCUGGCACUUAAUGAUAGUAGAUGUAUUAUAGUAAGUUAUAACAUAAAUAAGAAAGAAACAUUUUUUAUGUAAUUAAUUUAUAGUCAAAAAUGAUAAACAAAGAUGAAUUGCGAAAAA